AAUUCCUCCCAACACUGCUCACGUGAGUUGCUAUCGUGGCGCCUCAACCUGCUCCUCAUUGACAUUCUGCUGCAGGCUGUCAGUGUCUCGCUUCCGACAUGGAAAGCAAAUAUCGGCUAUGAGGAGGGACAGGACUGGGUCGUCGGUACCAUGGUCACGGGCUACCCUAGAUUUUUCAUUCACAAGUCAAUCCAGGCAUUGAGCACCGACAUCGUCGCCAAGUACUGCCGUCCCGGCCAGUCAGGCAUGCCAUCGGCCAUGCUCUUUCCCACAAGGCGGACCGCGCAGCGGUGCGUCGACUUCAUGCGGGAGAAAGCCGAACCAUCCACCGUGGCGGAGCUCUCCAUCCUGCGCCUCGUGCUGGAUCCGACGAAGGAGUUCGCUGAGCCGCUGCGGACCAUAUCGCCCUCUAUCUCUGCCGUCAUCUUCCCGGAGCACCUCUUUCCUAUCGCGAAGCAGUAUUGGCAGCACUCCGGCGCUGGAGUCUCUAGCCGACGUGCUGAAUUCUGCCAUGGCCUGUUCCGCGACGAUCUACUGGUCCUCGACGACCGUCCACCCUCACCGCAUCCGCCACAGCUGAACAAGCUGCGCCGCGGGCCAAAGCGGUACCAGCGCACCGCCUCCAUCGACGAAACGAAAAGCGCCGGCACAAACGGCCGGCCCAGUCCACCGGCGGAAGAGCUCGCUGACAAUCUCGAAAGCUCACGCUUUCUCGAGGAGCGCUUUGGUCGCAAUCUUGACGUCUCGCUUGUGGAGAAUGCUAAAUCCGCUAUUCGGCGUCGUAUCGCGGGCGUGCUCACGACAGACCUGGACCUGGCCAGCAAGUCGCUGCCCGUCAUGGAAUCGAACGCGCGCGGCGUGUCAAACCUGCAGGAGCACGACAUAUACUUGACGCCGUGCGGCAUGAACGCCAUCUUCACAACGCACCAGGCCCUCCUAAAAGCGCGUACGCCGGAGAAGAGCAUCAAUUUCGGCUUCCCUUACGUCGACACACUGAAGAUUCUGCAGAAAUUCGGACCGGGUGCCAUGUUCUACGGCCACGGGACCUCAGCGGAUCUCGACGACCUCGAGGCCCGCCUCAAAGCCGGCGAGAGAUUCCUGGGCCUAUUCUGCGAGUUCCCAGGCAACCCGUUGCUAUCGUGUCCAGACCUGACACGCAUACGGCAGCUAGCAGACACGUACGACUUCGCCGUGGUGGUGGACGAGACGGUAGGCAACUUCGUCAACGUGAACGUGCUUCCCUUCGCCGACGUAGUAGUGAGCAGCCUGACGAAGAUCUUCUCGGGCGACUGUAAUGUCAUGGGUGGGAGCUUGAUUCUGAACCCGUCGGGGCGGUACUACUCAGCCCUGAAGGCGGUCAUGGGCGAGGGCGUCUUCGAGGACACGUACUGGGCCGAGGACGUCGUUUUCAUGGAGCGUAACUCUCGGAACUUUGUGACGCGCAUCGACCGCGUCAACGCCAACGCCGAGGCCAUCUGCGCCGUCCUCGAGGCCCACCCGCUCGUGUCCAAGGUCUAUUAUCCGAAGUGCAACGAGUCACGGCCCAACUACGAGGCCUGCCGCUUGCCGAAGGGCGGCUACGGCGGUCUUCUGUCAUGCACACUGAAGACCCAGGCCCACGCCGUCGCCUUCCACGACGCCCUCGAGACGGCCAAGGGGCCGAGUCUCGGGACCAACUUCACCCUGACAUCGCCCUAUGUCAUAUUGGCGCAUUACCACGAACUGGACUGGGCUGCCGGUUACGGCGUCGACCCAAGUCUCAUUCGAAUCAGCGUUGGGUUAGAAAGUAACUUGGGUGAACUUUUUGCCAAAGCGCUCAAGGCGGCGGAGGCAGUUCAAUGAGUUAGUUGUUAGCUACCUAGUUGGUGAGUACACCAUAGUAAAUGAUCUUAUUGGACAGACAGCAUCAACUGCUGCGCGAUGGAGAGUCAAUAAACGAAGAAUGCUGUAGGCGUUGGGCCACUGCCAACCUCUCCUUCACCCGUGCCAGCCGUGCCCUUCUCUUACUCUGCUUAGUAAAAAUAGCCCAAAGCAUAGACAAGAAGCCAAGACACUCCAUGGCCAUUGUGGCAGGUAGUCGUCAAUCCUGGCAAUUAUUUGGAAGAUUAUGGAUCUAUAUCCACGCAUUCUUACUACAAGUGCCAUUGUAUAUGUAUUGGGCCUGUACUAUGUUAGUUAGAAUCGAGUUGGUAUGCACCGUGUAAAAACGAGGGCGGAUUACCCAAGAACUGGAGGCAAUUUACGAUGAGGGGUUACCCAAAUAACAAACCUUAGUCCACGUGCGUUUUUUUUUCCUUUUUCUUUUUCUUACAUAGCUUCCGCAUCUUCUCAUAAUACUGACUUCAAAUUCACUGGAUGGAAGUAGACUUUCA